AUGGGCAACACUCAAGCACAACCGCACAAGCGAGACCGUGUGCCGGACGGCGGAGGACCCCGCUCUAGGGCCAUCCCGCAUCUGCCGCCUUCGGUGUCGACGGACGACGGGUGUCCGGUUCAGAUGCGCAUCGCCCAGGACAACUUCGACCCGUCGGAGGACUUGUUGGACAGCAACGAGUAUCCGGUUGUCUUUAAAUGGUCUACGCAGACACAUCCCGCCAGAGUGGUGCACCUGGCCGGCUCAUGGGAUCAGUGGAAGAGUAAAAUACCCCUAGUCAAGUCCACCAAUGAUUUCAGCACUAUUAUUAAUCUCAAUCCGGGUAUGACAUGUUUUGAGGAGGGUUUUGGAUAAUCUAUGUUAUUAGAGCUUAAAAAUAAUUUAUUUCUUUUUAAAGUAAAGAAGAUGCUACUCAAGUAUGGUUUUUACAUGUUUAUUCUUUGAUUUUUAGGAAAUUACGAGUACAAGUUUCUGGUCGAUGGAAAAUGGAUGGUCGAUUCUCAAGGCAACAAAAGCGAGAAGAAUGGGGACGUGUGCAAUGUUAUGAACAUUGACGAAGCUGAUUUUGAGGUAAAUUUAUGGAUGUUUUAAAAAGUUUAGGUACUGUGAUGUGGAAAGUGACUUGGAUUUUUAUUCUGAUGUUAAGUAUUAUUGGUUUUUUAUUCUUUUUAUUUGGUCUAACAAUAAUUUUUGACAUAUUUUUUAGGUAUUCAACGCGUUAGACAAAGACAUGGAAGCUUCGAACGCCGGUGUUGCCAUGAAGAAGAUGAACUCCACAGGUGUUCAACAACCCAGUCAUGACACACCGAAUGACCGUGAAAUUGAGAAACUUCGCGAAUUUACACAGCAAUUGCCGGAUCGUCGCGACUUUGAGAAAGCGUCGAAUCCGCCCGUUCUACCUCCACAUCUACUUCAAGUUAUUCUAAAUAAAGAUACCCCUGUUCAAUGCGACCCCAACGUGCUGCCCGAGCCCAAUCAUGUCAUGCUGAAUCAUUUGUACGCGUUGAGUAUAAAGGAUGGGGUUAUGGUACUAAGUGCUACUCACCGACACCGCAAGAAAUAUGUUACUACGUUGUUGUACAAACCGAUAUAA